UUUAUAUAUCUUAAUAUAUUUUCAUAUAUAUUUUUUUUCUUUAUUAUAUGAUUAAAAGAUUUAUCCGUCUCUACGCCUGUAAAUAAACAAGUGCAAGGCACUCCGUCCCCACAUUAAGAACCAAAACACAUUAAAAUAACAUACAGGCCCAAGGUUAUAACGCAGAUGGACGUGCUCGACCCUGAUAUUGUAUUUUCAAGCUCGUGACGUCAUAGCUUCCUGCUAAUGACGUUAUCGUGACACGGAAACAGAACAACAAUUGAGGCUUUCGGGAAAUGCAGGCCAUUGUUGUUGAUCCCGCCGGCGCUCACUCUUCGCCAUUUUCAUUGCCAUCGCGGCGUCCAGCAGGUGGCUCUGCCCGGUGACGUCAGACAGCCGGCGACUCACGCUGGCACGCUCAAACAAGAAAACUAUGGCACACUUAGUCAUUCUACUCUCCACACUCUAUUUUUAUGGCUUCGCAGCCCCUUCACUGGCGCAGAAGACGCAGCUGCAGGCGCACCUGGAGCACCUGGACGGCGUGCGGAACCCCAUGGCGGCGACCGACGAGCCGCGGUUGGAGGCACGACGCUACAUCAAGGAAAAGUUCCGCGAACUCGGCCUCCAGGUUCACAGUCAGACCUUCAACACCAUCCUCAAGCCUCAGUAUGAUGAACAAACGGUAUCCGGCGAGAAUCUCGUGGGCAUCGCUCCCGGGACGGUGGGCGGUCCAGUAAUGGUAGUAGGAGCUGACUACGACACGCCCCCCCAGAGCUCGCCCCUGGAGGACAACGGCGCGGGCGUGGCUGCUCUGCUGGAGGUGGCGAGACAUUUCAUGCACGAGACGGGCGCGAACGGGCCCUUUCAGAGACUCAACACCGUCAUAUUUGUUGCUUUUGAUCUGAACGUCAAAGCUUAUGGUAACAGUCACCCUGGUAAGCCUGGUUCCUACCACUUCCUCCACCAGUGGUUGUGGCCUUACAUCAACCAGACGUCUAACAACUUUGCUGGUGCCAUUAUUCUUGACUCCAUCACGAAGUUUAGCACCGAGUUCGGCUCUCAGUACGUGGUCCAGGAGUUCAAAGAUGCGUUUCCCAAGGCAUCCUCGGCCAUCGCUAGCUCCGGCAACAAGGGAGAUUUCCUGGCCAUGUUUACCAGAGAGGACUCGCGCAGCAUCAAUUUGGCCAACAUGUUCACGGCCAAUUAUGUAAAGGAUCGUAAGGCCAAUAUGUUCAGGCUGCAACCCAUGUCGGUGAGGGAUGGAUUGUCCUACGUCGGCGUCCUCAAGAUGUUCAACCACCAGUCACACCACCCCUUCUGGUCCUUCAGGCCCUCUGAGGAACUCGUGCCGCUGCCUGCGCUGCUGCUCACUGACACAGAUGUGUACCGCAUGUCCCAGGACGUCUGUGACAGGCCGUGCACCCCCGCCGCUUUCCUCACUAGGGGACGUGAAGGUUUCAUCACCAAGACCAUCGAUGCAGUUACCAAUACUUUGCUCAGCCUUCAAACUGAAAGAGUGCCUGUCACAGGUGCUGGUGGGAAAUUGGGAGUCACGACCCCCCUCUUCCUUAUCGCUUGUGUUACCGUUAUCAGCGGGAUUAUUCGUUAAGCCAUGUGAUGACAAAAAAGAUAGAGAAGAGAUAACACAAAAACUCCACGCCCGAGGCAUCUCUACAAGGAUUCUGUGGGAGAAUGCGGUCCUUUGCGAAUUGUAGCUGAGGAUAUUUGCCUGUCUCUUUGCAUUCCUUGUAUGUGUUUGGUUAUGUGUGUGAUUGGGGGAGAGAGGAUGCAAGUGCGUCGAUGCGUUUUCGCGUGGGGGGUGGGGGGAAGCGUUCUAAAUGUUUCGACCACCUGCCACUUCGCCCAAGUUUUUAAAACAAACCGGCUAUGUCACCUAACUUGUAGAAACGAUUUGCCAGGUUUAUAAUAAAUUACUGCAAUGGUUCCCAACCUAUCGACCAACAUUUGAUAAUCACCAUGGCACCGUUUAGUGUCAUCUAUUUAAAUACACUUAUUACUAGUUACUGAUGUAUGAAAAAUAUUUAUCUGUAGGUGAGAGAAAUCCAGUUUAUUUCGAAGUUAUAAUUUUCAUAUUGCUCCAUGGUCCCCUGGUUAGGAACCGCUGCAUUACUAUAUCAUCAUGACUUGCCAUUACUCUUAUAUACUACAUAAAUUCUGAUAUGGCUGUUCUGAAAAUUUUAUUAGCAUUGUAACCUGAGAGGUCGCGGCUUGUCCUCAGCACAUGCAGUUUUAACUUUGACCUUGGCUACACUGAAGCAGUCAUACUUCUGCAAAACUGUUGAACCAAAAUAUAGAAAUACAUUUGAACAAUAAUUGUACAUAUUAUUCUUUUCUAGCAGUUUCUUUGGCUUUGAAUUAUGUGUUGUUCAUUCUCUUGUUAUGAAAAACAUACUGGGAAAGCCAGAUUUAGUCAAAUGCUUACAUCGUACCAUAAGAAGAUCAUUGUAAAAUUAUGUUUAUUUUUUUUAAAUUUUUUUUAUAGGAAAAACUAGUUGAAUAACAGAUAAGCAAACAAAAGUAAUAACAAGGAAAAUUAGCUUUGACAUAUAGUGAUAAAGGUAUCCAUAGUAAUAAUGAUAAUUAAUAUAACGACGAAUUCUACGGUUUAGUUGACCGUAAACACCACUUCCCGCGUGUAUUAUGCGAGUGUCUGUGUGUGCGUCUGUGUACUGAGGAUGUGUCUGUGUACUGAGGAUGUGUCUGUGUGUGCGUCUGUGUACUGAGGAUGUGUCUGUGUGUGCGUCUGUGUACUGAGGAUGUGGCUGUGUAUGUGUGGCUGUGUACUGAGGAUGUGUCUGUGUACAGAAGUUGAUUCUGUGUGCGUGUCUCUGUGUACUGAGGAUAUGUCUGUGUGAGCGUGUCUCACGUAUGAGUGUCUUUGUGUAUUUGUGAAUGUAUAUUUAUGUGUUUUUUUCACCAAAAAAAAAGAAUAUGGAAUCGAAUUGUGCAACGAAGAGAUAACUUUACGACUAGUUAUAAAUCUGGAACAGCAUUGGGUGGAAAAAGACUAAUUUAUUAACAUCAGUAUAAUUAGGGAUUUACUUUUAUAAGCUAUUCAUAUUUUGCACCAACUAUAGCACAUAGUAUGGCUAAUUGUAAAUGUGCCUAUAUAUGUUAUAUAUAGAUUAACUUGUGGUUAGUUUUAUAAGUGAAUUAAUGAAUAAGGGGGUAAAUAUAAAGACCUGUGCAUACAGCUUGUAAGCUAUAAAAAAUAAUGUGUGAUAGAAUACUGUAUGAUGUAAAAAAAAAAAAAAAAAAAAAAAAAUCAAAUUCGAUUUUUUCAUGGAAUGCCGUGUAAUUCAUAUCAUUAUGAAUAAAUGUAUAAAAUAAAA